AUGCCAGCACUACUGGCCUGUUGGUCAGUUUGUAUCAUUUUAAGCAUAUUGGAUUUAUAUUAUCUUAACAAUAUGAACAAAAACUGGUCAAUUUAUGAUCACCAACUACUAGAAAGUAAGGCUUGGUGGAUCUGCGGAAUCCCACUAUCUGUUUACUCUUUAUUAGCAGAAAUUUCAUUGUUAAUUGCAACAUCAUUUUCAUACAUGAAAACUCAGAAUGAAAUAGAAUUCGAGGAUGGAGAAAAAUUCAAAGAGUUUAGAAAUUAUAAUUCGAAUUAUGCCUACUCAAAUUUAUAUGAAAAUGCUGAGGGUUAUACUUCUUCUUUCUUGAAUUGGAUAGAUAGCAUUGGAAUAUGGAAUAGAUUAGUUUUCAUGAUGACUAAUUUCAUUGCAUUAAUGACUUGUUACUUCUUAUUUGUUGGUUUAUUUGAAUACAAGACUAGAUCAGUGACAUUCCUACUUAAGUCUUCUGUAAUUGGCUUGGCUUUUAUUCUGACAUGGCUACCUGGAGUACUGAGUACUUAUACAGAGAGUUUUAAGUUAUUUGGAAUAAUUCUGGGAUGUUCUAUAGUCUUCAUAUUUAUGAUGUAUUCAAGAAACUACCAAAUUAAUGGAAAGGUAAAAGAGCUAACCUCUGAGGUUAUGAAUAUUAGAAAACUAACUAAGGGAGAGGAGAUAAUUAACAGAAGAAUUAUUGAAAGGUAUGUAGAAUCUGGAGGAAAGUAUUACACAAUAAGUACUUCUCCUGCAGCAAUUGCGACAGAAUUGGAAUGGGGUAGGGCUGCUAUCCAAGUAUUAAAAGAUAACAACUCUUACUUAGACUGCAAUUUUGAUCAGAAUAGAAAUUCCUGGAUAAGCUGUAUUGAAGACAAAAUCACAUCCUAUCCAACUUGGUUGAUUGGGGAUAAGACUAUUUCUGGUGUAGUUUCACCGAAAACGAUUGCUCACAUGGUGAAUAUUAACAUGAAGGAGCUAUCAGAAGAAGUUCUUGCAUUGGUUCAUCCAGAUGAUAAGAAGGAGAUCGAAGAUAGGAUUUCCGAUUUCUCAGAUAAUUCAGGUAUUGAGGCAAACUUAAAUAAAGAUUCUGACUCAAUAGAAAGUCAGGGUGAGGAUAUUUCAAAAGAGUUGAGCUCGAUUUCAUUUGGGGAGGGGAAAGUUGAUUUAAUAGCUAAGGAGCUUGAAGGAGUAGAUGAUCAUAAUGAAACAAAUCAAGGUAAAGAAGAGACUUUAGAACAGAAAGAUGAUAGCGAGGAAGAAGUAAAAAAUAAUCAGAAAAAGAAAAAGAGAAGGAAUGCAAUUAAAAGACACAAAAAUAAGAAACAAGCCAGAAAAAUAUCCAAAAGUGAGGAGGAAGAGGAGAGGCUAGCAGAGAGUAUGUAUGACCAACCAUCGUUCAGGGGAAUGAACAUUCUAAACAAAUUAGAGGCAAACAACAAAGUGGGAAAUGAGAAGAUUGUAAAUUUAAUUGAGAAAACCCCCAGGGAUGAUGAAGAUCAAAAUUCAAAAGAAGAUCUUGAAUUACCAUCUAAAGAAGACUUUGAAAAGUUUUCGGAUAACAUUAGUCAAAGAAACGAAGAGAUAAUUAAAGAAGAAAAGAAGAUGGAGCAAGAGGCUGAAGAUGAGAUCAGAGAUAUAGAAAACGAUGAUACUGAACAAAUUGUUGGGGCUGAAAUAGAUUCAGAAAUUGCUCAGGAGUUGAACGAAGGAGAUUCACAGGAACCUGUAGAUGUACUUAUAAAAGAAGGCAGAGAAAAUAAUGGAAGAUUGGCUUCAUUAAUGAAAGACGGACAAGAUAGUAAACUUGAUAUUCAAAAUGAAAAUCAAAACCUAGACAAUAAUAGCAAUGUAGAAGAAACUAGUCCAGGCCAUAAAAAAGAACCUUCUGACCAAAGCACUAUUAGUGAUAAUGUAAUUUCAGAAAUGAUACAGAGUGAAGAAAACGAAUGA